AUGGAAUCAUCACCACAGGAAAUUACUACAUCAUCACAAGUAGUGGUAUCAUCGGAAUCAGUAUCUUUUGGACAAUUGAUGAAGAAUUUUGGAAAGGAAUGUGUAGCAGGAAGUAUUGGUGGAAUCUCGGGAAUAUUUGUUGGACAUCCAUUAGAUACCAUCCGUGUAAGGCUUCAAACACAAACUUCCUCAAAAUUCGGUGCCAUUCACUUUUUGAAAGAAGCAGUAGCAAAAGAAGGAGCUCGUUCUCUUUUCAAGGGAUUACUUUCUCCUCUGAUUGGAGAAGCGAUCAACAAUUGUAUCUUGUUUGGAGUCUAUAACGGAUUGCUUCCGAAUGUACUCUCUACAUUUCUUGGAAAUUUAAGUGAGGAAGAACAGACCAUGAUUCGUAGAACCUCAAUUCCAAUUCAGUUUGCAAGUGGUUCAUUGGCUGGUUUUUGUAUUGCUUUUGUGGUUUGUCCAACAGAGCUUAUUAAGAUUAGACUUCAAACCUCAACGGAUCAUAUCACCACACGAGCCACCUCUGGCACUUUGGGUCGAAGAGGAUUUAUGGAUUGUGCUAAAUUUAUUUGGAAAUAUGAAGGAGGUUUAAGAGGAAUUUAUCAUGGUUAUUCGUCUACUCUGAUUCGAGAGUUGAGUUUUAAUGGAGUUUAUUUUGCAACCUAUGAACAAUGUAAAACACGAUUUUCGAGAUAUUUAGCCUCCAAGCAGAUGGAAGGAGCUGACGAAGAGCAGAUUAAGAAGAAGAUUGAAGAAUUGCGUUCUGAUUGGAGAGUGAUUUUAACGAGUGGUGGCUUGGCAGGUCUAAGUGCUUGGGGACUAUGCUACCAAACCGAUGUUGUGAAAAGUCUCAUUCAAUCAAGAUCUCCAGUAGCAGCUGCCAGAGGAGAAUACAGUGUGAAGGUGAUUGACGUUUUUAAUGAGUGUAGAAAGUCUAAAUCCUUAUUUAAGGGAUUAGCACCUACAUUGGUACGUGCAGUACCAGUGAAUGCUGUGACUUUUUUGAUGGUCGAAGCAAUUUCAAGAUAUUUGAAUGAUAUUUAA